AGUGGCGCUAGCGUCGUUUCCUGUCGCCAUUUGUACCGCUACUUUUCCUUGUCAACUCGCUCCAGAAGCCAACGCCAUUAAACUUGAAGCCGGCCAUUCCAUUUAUUAUCGAAUAAAACAAGGAAAUUGUGAGUCUAGAAAACGCGUUUGCUUAAAAACUUCAAGUACCGACAAUGAGUGACGACAAGAAGGCAAACGAAGCCGAGCACAUUAACUUGAAAGUCCUGGGCCAGGACAAUGCUGUCGUACAGUUCAAAAUCAAAAGGCACACGCCACUCAGGAAAUUGAUGACUGCCUAUUGUGAACGAGCCGGAAUUAGUACUCAAGUUGUUCGUUUCCGUUUCGAUGGUAACCCCAUCAACGAGACGGACACCCCAACUACCUUGGAUAUGGAAGAAGGGGACACCAUAGAGGUCUACCAACAACAAACCGGAGGUUACAGAUUGCACUAGGGGCAGCAUUUAAUUAUUUCUACUAUUUAAUCAAAGUCGGCUAAAUUUUAAAUCUAGGUGUUAAGGAAAUUGGAAUCUGUAAUUUUUGUUUUCCAUUUAUCAAUAAUUUGUUCCCAUUUUUCAUUCUGUGAGUGAGGCUCUAUAACAUGGUUUUCCUAAUUAAAAAAAAAAACAUGAAUUUUAGUAGGUCCACUUAUAUUUUUUUUUGUAUUAAUUUAAUAUAAGUUCCAGUUAGUAUGUAAUAAAAGUUUUUUCAUAAAAUUGUAA